GGAUACUUCCUUUUUCACAACGACGUUCUUCUCCGAUUCCAACUUGACGAUCACGGAGCACAAUCUGUCCGCAGCAGCACGACACUAACUUAACUGCAUCCUGAAAAGGAAUCGAGAUGUUUUACACAUGUGGACCCAAUGAAGCCAUGGUGGUGUCUGGCUGCGGCCGUUCUGAACCUCUGAUGAUUGCUGGAGGAAGAGUGUUUGUCUUCCCGUGUAUCCAGCAGAUCCAGAAAAUCACACUCAACACCCUGACUCUGAACGUGAAGAGUGAUAAAGUCUACACCCGUCAUGGCGUCCCCAUCUCGGUCACCGGCAUCGCACAGGUGAAGAUUCAGGGUCAGAACAAGGAGAUGCUGGCCACAGCCUGCCAGAUGUUCAUGGGGAAGUCUGAGGCCGAGGUCGCUCAGAUCGCUCUGGAGACACUGGAGGGCCACCAGAGAGCCAUCAUCGCUCAUCUGACGGUCGAGGAGAUCUACCAGGAUCGUAAGAAGUUCUCUGAGCAGGUGUUCAAGGUGGCCUCCUCCGACCUGGUCAACAUGGGCAUCGGUGUGGUCAGCUACACCCUGAAAGACGUCCACGAUGAUCAGGAUUACCUUCACUCUCUGGGAAAAGCCCGGACAGCUCAGGUCCAGAGAGACGCAAGGAUCGGAGAGGCUCAGUAUAAACGCGACGCUGUUAUCAAGGAGGCUCAUGCAAUGCAGGAAAAAGUUUCUGCACAGUACAAGAACGAGAUCGAAAUGGCGAAAGCUCAGAGAGACUACGAGCUGAAGAAAGCAACCUACGACAUCGAGGUCAACUCCAAGAAGGCCGAGUCAGAGAUGGCCUACCAGCUUCAGGUGGCGAAGACCAAGCAACGCAUCGAGGAGGAGAAGAUGCAGAUUCAGGUGGUGGAGCGAACGCAGCAGAUAACGCUGCAGGACCAGGAAAUCAUCCGGAAAGAGAAGGAGCUGGAGGCCAAAGUUAAGAAACCCGCAGAAGCUGAGAAAUACCGGAUGGAGAAGUUAGCCGAGGCACAACGUCUGCAGCUCAUCAUGGAGGCUGAAGCUGAGGCAGAGUCGAUUAAGAUGAAGGGCGAGGCCGAGGCUUUCGCUCUGGAGGCUAAAGGUCGCGCUGAGGCAGAGCAGAUGGCCAAAAAGGCCGAGGCCUUCAAGCAGUACAAAGAUGGAGCCAUGGUGGACAUGCUGCUGGAGAAACUUCCUCUGAUGGCGGAGGAGAUCAGCAAGCCAAUGUCGAAGGUGCAGAAGAUCACCAUGGUGUCCAGCGGCGGCUCCGAGGUGGGAGCCGCCAAACUGGCUGGAGAGGUUCUGGACAUCAUGACCCGGCUGCCUGAGGCUGUGGAAAAACUCACAGGAGUUGAAAUCUCACAGGUCACAUCAAAGGCGUCCCGUGUGCGUUAGGACGGGUGAUGAUCUGAGAGCCCCACGCCUCCUCCUCGUGUCCAAUCUGUACAGUCUGUCCAUGCAUGCUUCCCCUCCUUUCUGUGGCUUCUGCGCAUUUCCUGGAUGUCUGCUGUUUUUCUCCCCGUCGUUACCAACCACAGAAACACUCGAUGUUUUUUGGGCCCGUCGGAGCCGUAGCCGCUCAGCCCUCUCAGAGCUGCUGCCUUUUUAUACCCGAUUUUCAAUAUGCAACUUCUUGCCUUGUGGUUUUCCUCGUCGUUCCUGCGAAGGAGCUGGACCACGAAACCAUCACUCCUCUGAUCAGAGUUCAGAGGUCACUGUGCCUUUUUCUAAUUUGUAGCAGAACGCAAAGUGCUUUAGCAAGUUCAGGGAGCCCGAAUUACACCUGCUGCUACAAUGGAAGAACUGUCCCGUCACUUGAAGAGCGGCUGCUCUCCCCUGUUUGAAAUCAGGACUGAAAUGUUGGAAAACCUCUCAAAUUUUUCAUUUGUUUACCAUAAUAAUUGUCGCUCUCUCUGCGGUCCUGACUGUUCAUAACAUUGAGCUCUUAAAUCAGGGUUGUCAAACUCAUUUUCCUUUUGGGCCAAAUCAAGACCAUAAAUGCUCUUAAAGGGCCGGUUGUGCCAGAAUGCGUUGAUAAAACCCAUUAAACUGUUAAAAUAUAAAUAAAUUCUUAAAAAUUAAACGCUCAACAUAUUUUCAGUCACUCCUAGAUUUCACAGUCGAUUUUUUUUGCAAAAAAAAAAAAAAACAAAUUAGCUAAUUAGCAGAAGUAUAGUAGGAAAACAGAUUUUUUUUUUUUGCGAAAAACAAACUUGCGAAGUUUCCACAAUUAUUCACAAAAAAACUGGAGUAAACAGAUAAAAAGUGCUUCAAAUUGGUUGAUGAAAUAAUAUUUAAGCUUGCUGUUAUCUGGACGGUUCCAUUUCGGUGUCCCUUUGGAAUCAAGAGGGCCACAUAAAGAGCUGUGGCGACCCAGAUUUGGCCCCCGGGCCUUGAGUUUGACACAUCUGUUUUAAAUCCUCUCUGGUAAUUAAAUUACUUCUCACUGCUAGCGUUGUUGUCCAUUGGCUGCAUUUCUUAUCAGUUUGAGCUGCAGGCGGAGGGAUUUCUGUCUCAAAAUGUCAGAGCAGGUGUUCAAUGGGUACAAGUUUUGAGGUUUUCCUGUUUGAUGCAUCGAAAGCGUCUGGUGGUUGGAGAAAAUCAUGUUGUCUCUUUGCAGCAUGAAGUUGCUCCCUUUGUGGUCAAAUUCUGGGCUUUUUUUAUGCUGUAGAAACAGAACCUGCACCAACUAAUGUCACAAUUCACACCUCAGUUUAUGUGUUUUUUUUUCUCCUCUUGGAGUUUAAAUUAGACAUAGGAUGUUUUUCCAAUUUUGAUCAUACUGCACCUUUAAAUGGUACAAAUCAUACAGGAUAUUUGAGAUGUUUGUUUCAAUAUAAUUGCAGGUGUAUUCUUAUAAUUUGUUUGUAUGUAUAUUAACUACCAGUUGCAUCUGUAUCAGAUUUUAUAGACUUUCACCCAAAAGACCCAAAGGUUUUGCAUCAGUAAGCCUUCUUGCUGUCGAUGUGAUUCUUGUGAAGAAUGCUUCAAAAAUGUUUGUUGCAUGGCUACUUAAACUGAUAUGAACGUAAAUCGUAUUUAGUGUGGAACUGCUUGUAUUAAACGGUCAGUAGUGAAUGAUUAAUAAAAUGUUUAACUCACCGAAAACAGUCUGGUGUUUAUACACAGUGCGAGGCCGCUCAGUUUUAUUUGAAAAGGGUAACUUUAAUAAAACAUCUACAAAAAUAGAACAGCAAUGAAUAAGAGCUUGAAGAUAACAAGCGUUUCUAUAGCAACGAUGAAAAUGUGACAGGGAGUUAUCUGUAUAUUAGUAAAGAAAACUGUAAUCCUGUCCUUUGAAUAUGUACAUACUGUGAACAUUAGAGCAGAGAGAUGAAAUCAGAUUGGGAAGAGUUAUAGUAAAAUGUUAAGAGCUUCAAUAUUAUUUUACUAAAAGGGACAAAAAUGUGAUGGUCAUCACCAGAUUUUAAAAUUUGGUUAAUACAACCUGAACUGAGACGCAUUCUUUAAUAAAUCGAGACAAAGCAGAGGCUCACCAUGUGGGAGUUAACCGAGUGCUGAACAAAUACAUUUUAUCAGCUGUUUAAACUGAAGUUUUAGCAGCUUGCUAAUGUGUAAUGGUACCACUGACCUGAGGAAAAACAUGUUUCUGGUCAUGAAAUUCAAGAGUUAUACCAACAUUUCUGUACAAUUUGGAAUCAAAUAAUUCAAAUAAAACCAUUUCAGACUGAACACCUCAAUAUGCACGAGGGAUCUUCAAUACAACAUAAUUAGGAGGCUGAACAACUCGACACAUUCGUCUGUUCAAUAAAAGAGCUUAUGGUAAAAAGAUCUGGUGCAGUACUGCUUGAGGAGAAGCGUCUAAAGAAAUCAGCUAAGAAAUCCCAAAAUUUCAGCCAAAUUUUGAAAUUAAGCUGAAUAAUUCAAGUCAUAUAUAUUUAUAUAUCAAAGUGUCGAGAGUAAACUUUCUCUGUUCUGGUUUGGCUCAUUGAAAUAAAGUUUCAGGACCUUAGAGGAUAAAACUUGUACCAGCAUGAAACAAUAUUUCCAAUAUUUUUUAAAAGUAAUUUUAAAACUCUUUUUGAAGCAAACAUUUUGAGUCGAAAAUGAUCAAACUGUACCUUUAAGCCCCUGUAUAGGGUGCUGGUUUGCUGAGUCUCCAAGCUAUUGCACCAUUUCUCCCGACUUUCUCCUCUUCACUGGACAAUCCUCCUCAUAAAUUGGCAACACAUUCAUCACACAGUCUCUAUUUGCCAACUUUCAUGUGCUUUCUCUCAGUCUUUCAUGCCUUUUUAUUUUAUAUUCCUCGACUUUUAUUUAGUAAAUACAUGUAAACUGUUGUGCCAUUCAAGCCUGAACACAACUGAGAUGGAGAAAUGUGGCAAAUUCAAGCAAUGUUGAAUAAAAUGUACCAAGGCACCUCAAAUAGGAUGGAGGUCUUCAAGCUAUUGCUCCUUCAGCUUCUUAAUCAUAAAUAAUGAUGCAGCAAUAUGAUUUUGUCCAUUUCAGGAAAUAAUCUGGUGACGACCAAAAACAUCUCUUGAAAUCCCAUAAAUUGAAAGUGAGUGCACAAACAUUUUACUAUAACCGAGCUAAAAAAAAAAGAGAAAAGUGAACUACAGUGUAUCAAAAUGAAUGAAAUGGCACAACCCAUCACUAAACAUGUAUAACUUCACAAUCAGGGUGAUCUCAGAUUUACAGUGCUGUACAGACAGUAAGGUAGAAGCACUGGUUCCACCGCGGUCAGCUUACACAUGGAUCAACGCAGAGAUCGACUUUCACUCCAAAAAAAAAAAAAAAAAAAAAAAAAAUCAAAAAUCCCAGUUU